AUGACCUUCCGCAGGUCUAUCGUGGCUGCUGCCGCGGUCCUGUCGCUGGCCACCUUCACCACCGCCACCAACUAUGAGCUUCCCGCCUGUACCGACAACUACACCCCUUUCACCAGCAAGGGCUGCUAUACCAAUGGAGACACAGCUCUCAUUAUGCGCUCCAAGAUUGAUGGCAGCGACUUGACUGUCGAGAAGUGUACCGCCGUCUGCAAGGGCAACGGAUUCCGCUAUGCCGGUCUCACUUACUACGGUGUCUGCUACUGCGGUGACGAGAUCGCUGCUGACAAGACCGCCGACGCCUCUUGCAAUUACCCUUGCAAUGGUAACAAGGCCCAGCUCUGCGGUGGCAAGGGCACCCUCAACAUCUGGGAGGAUCCCACUUACACCAAGACCCCCAGCGAGGUCGCCGUCGCCGACUACGCUUACAGCGGCUGCUACGUCGACAAUCUCAACAAUCUGGGCCGUGCUUUCCCCUGGCCCGAGAGCAUCGAACCCACCACCUUCACCCCUGAGUCUUGCAUUGCUGCUUGCAAGUCCCAGGGCUUCCCCAUUGCCGCUACCGAGUACGCCCACGAGUGCUGGUGUGGCAACGUUCUCUCUCGCACCAGCAAGGCUGAUGAGAAGGACUGCAAUGCUCCUUGCGGCGGCGACGCAUCCCGCAUCUGCGGUGGCAAUAACCGUCUGAGUGUCUACAUUGCCAAGGAUCUCCUCACCUCUACCAGCACCUCGACCGUGCCUACUAGCACGUCUACUAGCACCUCUACCAGCACCUCGACCGUGCCUACUAGCACCUCUACUAGCACCUCGACCGCGCCUACUAGCACGUCUACUAGCACCUCGACCGUGCCUACCAGCACGUCUAUUAGCACCUCGACUGUGCCUACUAGCACUUCCACCAGCACCUCGACCUCGACCAAGCCUACUACUUCUUCCACUGGCCCUGGCUCCUCUACUGGACCUUCUACUCAGCCUACCAGCACCUCUACUCGCCCCGGUACUACUUCUACCGGUCCUACUACCGGUCCUACUACCGGUCCUACGACAACCACCAAGCCCAGCACCUCUACGAAGCCUACCACCACUGCUCCUGGCUCUUGCACUACCACCAUCGUCACUCCUCCCACUUGCGAGCACCAGAUUGGCAAGUGGUGCCUGCCUCCCACUCCCGAUUGGAGCUCCAAGCCGGGCUGCUUUUCCGCAUGGAAGCAAUGCGAGGUCAAUGUUUACUCUUGCUUCAACGAAGCUGGUUACCCUGAUAGCUUGAACUGCUUCGAGUACGCUCAGUGGUGCAAGAGUCUCCUGGGCUAUCACAACCGUUGUGACAACAGCUCCAAGUGCAACAAACUUGACUGCUGGAAGUCUUUGUCGCCCGGCCACGUCGGAACUUCCACCACCAAGACUGUCACCACUGCUUGCACCAGCACUACUACCAGCACCAAGACCAGCACUUCUACGACGCAGUGCGCUCCUCAGCCCACCAAUGUUUGCAAGCAGCCCACCUCGAAGGAGUGUGACUUUGGCCCUGGUAACCCCGUCGGCGGCGUUCCUCUGCCCAUUGUCACCUGCAACGACUGCAAGGAUGACUUCAAUGUCAGCCCCUGGAAGAUGUACACUUCUUCCAACAGCAAAAACUGCCCCGGGUACCCCCAGGGCCGGAUUGGUAGCGUUUGCUGCGAGGCUUGCAAGUACCAGUACAACAAGUGCGUUGAGGUCUAUGCCAACUCUUGCAAAAACUUGCAGAACCCUCGCCGUUCUAUUGAGGAACGCGCUCUUGAGGAACGCACUCUCACCACGUCUUCCUUCAACUGGCCUGGCUGGGGCAACCCUAACCCCAGCGUUUGCAAGGGCUGGGGCAGCUACAGUGGUGGUGUCAGUGCCUCUGCCUCGGCUUUUGCUGGCGGCAGUGGUGCCUGGGCCAGUGCCAACGCCUGGGCCGGAGCCGGCUGGGGUUCCGGCAACAACAACUACAACAACGCCGUGUUCCGUUGCAAGGCUCAGUACGAUGAGUGCAUCUACGAGAACCAGUACAUCAACCCCGUUUCUCAGUGCAGAAGCUGGGGCUGCAAUUAG